AUGGCCUGCCAGACGUGCCGGUCACAAACGAGGAGCAUGCUGCGCUCAGCUCUCCGCGCCGGCGCAGCCGCUCCCUCCCCUGUCGCGCGAAACCUCGCCACGCCCGCCGCCACGACCAGACACUCGACGACGACGAGAACAACGACGGUGCGGAGCUUCAGCAGCUCAUCGCCGCGCCAGAUACUCGGGCUUCGGGACUCGUACCGCGUCGUCGGCGCCUCGGAGCGGCUGUUCAAGGUCUGCGCCAAGCCGGCCGACUACCGCAUCACGGACGAGGAGCGCAAGCAGGACCUCGUCCAGAAGCGGGACGACGGCGAGGAGAUUGGCAAAGCCAAAGACCCAGAGAACGUAUGGCAUAAGACGUUCGGCCUGCAACCGUCGUUCAGCACGUGGUCGCACGUCACCAUGCUGCACCUGUACCUAAUCAACGCGCGGCUGCGCUGCUUCGACCGGGACGAGUACCGCAACUGGUCGCAGCAGAUGAUCGACCACUUCUUCUUCGAGUGCGAGAAGAAGAUGCACCUGGACCACAACAUCACCUCGAGCGCGCUGCGCCAGCGCUACCUCAAGGACAUCUUCGUGCAGUGGCGCGGCCUGCUGCUCGCCUACGACGAGGGGCUCGUCAAGGGCGACGCGAUCCUCGCCAGCGCCGUCUGGCGCAACCUGUUCAAGGGCGACCCGGAGGCCGACCCGCGCGCGCUCGUCGCCGUGGUCGGGUGGGUGCGCGCGAGCCUGGCGGCGCUCGAGGCCGCGUCGGACGCGACGUUUGCACAGCAGGCGGCCGAGGUGCUGGAGCGCCCGGUGGACGUCUUCUGGACGAGGCUGGAGGUGCCGUUCCUGAGCGACCAGCAGCAGCAGCAGCAGCAGCAGCAGCAGGGCGAUGGGCAGAAGCAGACGCCGGAGCAGGCCAAGGCCAAGCAGGCGGCGGCGGAGAAGGUGGCUGCUGCUCCGUAG